AUGACGCCAGUCGCCAUCGUUGACAUAUAUACUUCCGUUGUUCCGUCAGUGGUGACGAGCCGUGUGGGCGGUGACGCUGCCCUGCCCUGCCACCUUCGGCAUGCCACCCAGGACUCGUGGGCCGUGUCCGUGUCGUGGUUCAAGCGCGGCCUCUCGGGACCCGUCUACACGGUCGACAUGGGCUCUGGAAACUUCCUACAGGCCAGGCACAGACCUGCACAUCUAUGGGCCGGACGCGCCUAUUUCUCAUCGGCCGACGAACCGGCGCUACUCAUGAUCGGGGACGUCGCCGCUGCCGACGCCGGAUUGUACGUGUGCUCGGCGUUGUUCGGCAACGGUGCUCAGCGAAACUCCACCGUGCGCUUCGUCGUAGUCGUUCCACCGGAGACACCUGUCAUCAGAGACAAGUUUGGCAACAAGGUGGGCAAGGUGGCCGGCCCUUACCGAGAAGGCGAAUCGCUCACGCUCACGUGUGAAGUCAAUGGAGUCUGCCACCCCGCUGCCGGCGCGGUUCUCCUGCUGUUGUUCGGAUUCGUGUCUUCGACUCGGUCCAUCCAGCGGCGUGUGCCUAACGCGGCGCCGCCAGCGACGGCCGGAGCGAGAGACCCCUGCGUCAGCGUCGCCUCCGGCCUAUCGCCAUCCAUCAAGCUUGGCGUCGCCGGGAUUAGACCUUUAAUACUAAAAGAUGGCUUAUUUACUCUCCUAUAUAAGUAUUUCGUCCCAUUCUGGGAGAAAAGAAAGGCAUGGGGAGCCGAAGCUCCUCCGGCGACGCGACAAGCCGAGCUGACGACGCUUCGAAUGAUGAUCACGCCACCGCCGCCGCCGCCGCCGCCAAGCGUUCCCGAGCCGACGGUGACCUGGUGGCGCAACGGCAGCGAGCAGCUCCACCACACGGCCGACAGCUCGUCACACGGAGUGUCCCGGUCCACGUUGGAGCUGCCGCAGCUGCACCGGCACGACCUGAACGCGUCGCUGGUGUGCAAGGCCUCUAACCACAACGGAACCUACGUGGUCACCAGCGCCGUCACGCUCGACCUGUACCUGAAACCAUCCAUGGUGCGUAUUCGGUCCAAGCAGCGUCCACUGGCGGCGGGACUACCGGCGGAAAUCGAAUGUGAGGCCGCCGGAUCACGGCCACCACCUGUGAUCACCUGGUGGCGCGGAAAGGCCAAGAUAUCCGCCGACCACGUUAAGGUGAUGCCCAUAGGAAAUCGUGUUUUCUCUGUGGUAACCUACACCCCGACGAGAGAGGACAACGGCAAGCGACUUCGAUGCGUCGCCGAAAACCCGAACAUUGUGGGAAGCUUCAUCGAGGCGUCGUACAGCCUUGACGUUCACUACAAACCCCUGGUGACGCUUCAGUUGGGAAAACGGUUGCGGCUAGAGGAGAUCUUCGAGGGGCAAGACGUGUACCUGGAGUGCAGCAUCGACGCCAAUCCACGCGUGAGCGAAGUCGUGUGGCGCUUCGAAGGCAGCCAGGACGUGCACUCGGACCCGGCCGCCAAGGUGAUCACGAGCAACCAGUCGCUCGUGUUUCAGGCCAUUCAGCGUCUGAACGCGGGCCGCUACACAUGCGUCGCCAUUAACACCGAGGGCGAGUCGGUCAGCAACGAGCUACAUCUAAAGGUCCAAUACUCUCCAGUGUGCUCCAUUCGUCAGCGGAUUGUCUACCCGGCUGCGGCCCACGAAAUGCUGCAGGUUUCAUGCGACGUGGACGCGCACCCAUCGGCCGUCAGCUUUCAGUGGGCUUUCAACGGCAGUCUGCGCAACCACGAGCUUCAGACUUUCGUAUCCGAGGGCAGCCGCAGCGUGGCGUCGUACGUGCCGCGCGACAAGGCAGACUACGGCACGCUCCUGUGCUGGGCCACCAACAAAAUAGGUCGACAGAAAGAGCCCUGCCGUUUCCAGAUCGUGCCCAUAGGUCCCCCGAAGACCCCGUACAACUGCACGCUGAGCAACCAGACAGAGGACGCCCUCCUGGCCGAGUGCCGAGAGGACCCCAGUGGUGGCGGCGGUCUUCGCCAGCUGUACAACCUCGAAGUGCACGACAUCUCAUGCCACCGGCUGCUCGCCAACCUGAGCGCCGAGAGACCCGCCUUCUGGGUGCAAGGCCUUCCCGCGGGACUCAACUACGUGCUCGUAAUAUACGCUGUCAACGAGAUGGGCCGUUCGCAGCCAUUUCUACUGCGCGCCGAGGCAGCUGACCGAUACUGGGACGGCAUUUCGCGGCACGGGGCAGAGUGGGGCGGCUGCGAGCAGAGCAACUCGCUCGUCGUCAUUCUCAUCGCAGUCACCUUCGCCGCCGUCUUCUUCCUCUUUCUGCUCGUCAUUGUGGCACGCUGCCGGACCAAGAGGCAGCGCUUGAAGGCCAACACUGGUGACAAAAUUGUGCAAAACGGAAAAACAUCCCCUCGACCUUGCGACGGACCGGUCAACAUGACCACUUUCACCUGCGUCGAGGGUGACGACCUCCGUCCGACCGUGCUGGAAACGUCGCCGACCAAGCCGCCAUUCCACGCCGACUACAUCACCAACGUGAACAACCACACCCCGUACUUCUGCCGCCAGAAGAUCGUGGACUUCUGAUAUCCGGACGUGCUCUCCGCGAGCAGCGGAAAGGAGGUCCCGCGCAUGACUACCUUCGGCGGCGGUGCUACUUCGCAGGAAUACAGCGACAACUCGUGAAGAGAUGAGUCUCGUGGAGAGACGUGUGAGCUGACCGGUUGAGUCGAGAACUCACGGUGGAGGAAGUGUUAACGAUACCUAGUCAUUCAUGAGGGGUGGCACCGUGAGUGGACCUUGACCGCCGCGACUGAAACCCCGCGUCGGAAGAUAAUGGUCUCGUCGCUGCUUUUACGGCCCUGAAGAUAACGUGGGAUCUCGAAAAAACGUUCAACUUCGGUGUAUCGUUGUCGCCUGGGAGAAAGUUCAGCGACAGAAUGAAAGCGUCAACUACUGGCAUUUCUUCUUGAGUGCGUGACCACGGUGGCAGAUAAGAAGGAGUCGCUGGAAACUUUUACGAUGCCCCGGAUGUGCCACGGCCCUUCUUUGAACUGGUGCGUCAGUGAUGUGUGCGAACUGCAGGUUGUUCCUGCGCUAGCCAUAGUGACUAUACAAAGGUUUUUGCCAGAGCCCGUGUACUGGGAAGAAAGACUACGAACGAAGCUGACUUUGUGUCAAGUGUGCGCGGUUGGACUGCCACGAUGCCAAAAGAAAAAAAAAAACACGGAAGUGAUCAUGAACAAUAGGUGCUGUGUCGAGAACUAGAACGCGGGUACACUGGUGUAACUACACCGUGCGACUGGAGAACAAAAUAAUAUACUCACCUUACGAUAUACGUCCUAAAAAAACACUCAAAGACACUCAUGUACUUGAGCUUUGCGGAGAGAACGUUCAGUCGUGCUCGUUCUAUAGGCAUUUAAGGAUCUCUCGUGAUGCGUGCGGGCACAACCUCCUAUUCUAUCCAUCCCUACUGUGUCUAUGAAAUACUUGUAGUGUGGUCACCUUUCUUUUUUUUUUCUCCGUAGCACUCGCUCGCAUUAUGUCAUCCGAUGCGCUAAGAAAUUUAACGGUGAAGUGUCGCGAGGCCCUAGCAGUCUCUUCUCACACUCAGCGCGCUGCGGAAAGAACGACGUUCCACAUAAUCGCAAGCACGCCUGUUAAACGAUUCCAGGUAAAAAAAAUAAGCGCUCGUGAGCUCGUUGAAAGUAAGAACUGAGAGAAUCGAGGCUAUAAAACAUACUAGCCAUCUCUUGCGACCUUUGCGCUCUGACGGUGAGAUUACAUUCAAAAGGUUGUAUGUGAAGCAUGGCUCAUACUGCGCGGAAUAGGUUAUACAUCUGAGGGUAGAAAAAAACGUGGGAACGGCCCCGCGAGCAGCUGCUGCAUAUAUAGAAGAGGGGGAUUGCGUGCGUGGUCACUCGAGGAUAUUUUGAAUAAACGCCUAGAGUAGUUCUCAAGGUUCAGCUCAGUCCGGGCAUCUUUCUGGACGUACCGUUUACAAGCCAUGGAGAGCUCACGGAAAAGAAAGCACGCGAUGAAGAAAAUUCUGAUGAAGCUGCGCGGGAUCUAUGUUGUCUUGCGCGUGGCGAGCAGGCUUUCCGUCCUCGUGAACAUCGUGAAGGCGGCCUCUACACCGUUCAUUCCAAGCUCCACCUCAUUGAAGUUGUCUGAACGAAUGACCCUCGAAACGCUGUCGUCUCGAACGCAGGGAAGGAUUACGCAGAAUCCGCAGGACCUCGCUCAAGUGCCGCAUUCCUCCGUUGAUUGCGGUCGUCGACUUAGGCACUAUUUUGACAGACCACCGCUGAGUGGCGGGGUAAGUUUAGCUAAACGUCAGUAUGUACAGAGGAGCCCCAAAACGCGUAUGCUUCAACUUGAACAUUAUUAGUAUUUCUGUCAUUUUCCUUCAACGUGUUCGUCUUCAACGUGAACAGCAUUUCAGUUGUGACACAUUAUAUUAGGCUAUCAUGACGGUCCCCGUUCAAGAGCAGAACGUUCCGCUGCUCCGUGUCCGAUGGUGAUGGUGUAUCAGAAGACUACGUUGGCUGCGUCGGAUAUUCUUCACAUGACAUACGUUACCUCCGUAGUGUGAGUCAACGUAUCUUAAGCAGCCUAUUCCAUCCGGUUAACUCCAGUUUGUAAUUAGAAAGACUUAACCAAAUAAAGCGUGAAAAAAAAUUCACCACUGUCCAUUCCAGGACAGAUGCUGUUGUGAUAACGCUUUAAUUGCUGCUCUGGCGGUCGCGUGACUCAUGGCACACCUUCGAGAGGAAUCUAACAUACCGUGAAAGUUGAAUGGCAGCUCUUUACGUGGUCGUCAGAUGGCAGCGUUUCGGUCCGUACAGAUGUACAAGGCCCCGUCUGUGAAUCCGUCGCUCACUUUAAAGAGAGAAGAACAUUACAUGAGCAAAUGAAUGGGCGCAGCCUUUACUAGUCGAGGUCCUCGGCUAUUCUAGAUGACAACGGAAAUACUGUUCGGGAAGGUAGAAAAGGCGAACUGCACUUCAAUGGCGGCGGCUGCUGUUACGUACGUACGUCAGUUCUUUCGACCGCAAAGCUGUAUGCUCCAUACACGCGUCUGUACAUACAACAAUCUAUAUUUUAUACCACGUGCAACGCUCAUCGCGGCCUCUUCAUCGAAAUUGCUUCAUUUCAUGACAAUUACAGUGUCGUAUUUAUGGUGAGUGCGAUGAACUAAAAAAAAAUAAAAGAAACACGCGUCUAUAUAAAUAUAAAUACUUAUAGAUAUCUAUAUACAUAUAAGUGUACACAUCUCUGUGUGCGUGUCUGUGUGCUUCAAACUUCGAGCUUUCUAUAAAGGUCCUCUCGUUGCCUUCUCCCAACAUGUCUUUUUUUUUUCUUCUGCAAUGUGACGCAUGUGGUAUCGCUUGUAUGUGAGAUAAAUUGUUUCGUUAAGUAUCGAGCCGCGUCAUGUACGCGUUCUUAUGGUUUCUGAGGAUGAAAAGCUUUCCAUCUCGCUCUAGACGCAUUGCUCAGUACGUGAUAAAAGAACACCGCGUGGUUGUUUCUUUCUCUGUUCUAUUUCAUGUGCUGUACUUAGUUCUCAAAGCACGCGCGGUUCAACUCGUCUUGUCACAAACACUUACAUCUACCACCGCGUUCGCUUUGACUGUCGACGGGGCUGCAUUUUGCUGUGUUUCUCAGGAAGGAGGAGCCAGUGCACCGCAACAGUCCAAUGCGCCCUCGCGAAGGAAGGCGGGAAAAGGGAAAUGAUGCAUCGACACAAUCAGGUUGAAGUGUUAAUAAACGUACGAGUUAAA